AUGCCGCCUUUCAUUUCUUCAUCAUGUCUUUCUUUCAUGAUUUGUUUAUGGAUAUACAGCUGCCUGUAUAUGCACUCUAUCUCCAGUCAAUAUCUCGACGAUCAAAAGUCUUUACUCCUUGAGUUAAAAAACAAUCUUAAGUACAACUCCGAAGCUUUAGACAAGCUUGAGGGGUGGAAUCACAGCACAAACUAUUGCCAAUGGAGCGGAGUUGAAUGUGACAACUCAAAUAACGGUAAAGUCCUUGGCUUAGAUUUGAGCAACAAAAAUAUCAUUGGUGGCAUCGACAAUACAAGCAGUUUGUUUCGUCUGCAGUUCCUCCAGAGCUUGAAUUUGGGGGGUGAAAAUAAGAUCCAGGAUGAGAUACCUUCAGCAAUAGGCAAACUGUCUAGCCUAACUUACCUCAAUUUGUCUACUGCACCUUAUAGUGACACCAAUUUCAGAGGUCAGGUACCUAUUGAAAUCUCAAACCUUGUCAAAUUAGUUGUUCUUGAUAUUUCUUUUAGUUUCAGAACAUACAUGAAUAGGCCAAAUUUGGCUGAUAUAGUUAGAAACUUGACGAAUAUCAGAGAACUCUAUCUUGAUCGAGUCAACAUUUCAGCCAUAGGGAGCCAAUGGUGCCAGACGUUAGCAUCAUCGCUCCCUCACUUGCAAGUCUUGAGCAUGUCUGAAUGUCACCUUGAAGGUGAAAUUCACAACUCGCUUUCAAGGCUUCACCGUCUUUCUGUCAUCCGUUUGGGUAUUAACUCUCUAGUUGGUCCAGUACCAGAGUUUUUAACCAGGCUCACAAACUUGACAAUGCUGUCACUAUCCUCUAAUGACUUAACCGGGAUAGUGCCUCAUAAAAUUUUCCAAGUACCCACACUUAGAACCCUUGACAUUUCUGGUAAUUCCAACUUAGAAGGGACUUUACCAGUCUUUUACAUCAAUGGGUCUCUUGAGGAGCUGACCAUUAGCGGUACAAAAUUUUCCGGGGUCUUGCCAAGUUCCAUUAGCAAUCUCAAGAGUCUUCGUACAAUAUUUCUAGUAGACUGCCAAUUCAAUGGAAGCCUUCCAUCAUCAAUUGGAAGUCUAAACCUCCUUCAGAGGUUAGUUUUAACUGCUAACCAGUUUUCUGGUUCCAUUCCAUCAUCAAUUGGAAGUCUUAACCUACUCGAGGAUCUAGAACUAAACGAUAACCAAUUUUCUGGUCAUAUUCCAUCGUUUUCAUCAUUGAAGAAACUGAAAACCUUAAAUCUCCACAACAACAGUUUAGUUGGUUCUAUCACUGGCAAAAAUUGGGAGAAACUACUCAAUCUAGAGUCACUUUCCUUGUCAUUCAAUUCACUAGAUGGAAAUAUUUCUUCGUCAUUGUUUUCAUUGCCAUCACUCGAGUUCUUAGCUUUGGAAAAUAACAAAUUCAGUGGGCAACUGAAUGAGUCUGCAAACCCCGUUUUUUCCAAGUUAACAGAAGUAUACUUAAGCAGCAAUAACUUGGAAGGGCCAAUCCCAAAGUCAAUUUUCCAUCUAAGACAACUUGAGUGGCUAGAUCUAUCCUCAAACAGUUUUAAUGGCACGUUAAAGCUCGCUGAAAUUCUACUCAGUCUCAAAAACCUCACAUCCCUUAAUCUUUCAUUCAAUCGCUUGUCAGUUGUAAUUGAUGUAGAUGUGAACUCCUCUUUUCCCCUGCUACAAGAACUACAAUUGGCUUCUUGCAACUUGCACAACAUCCCUGAUUUUCUAAAAAAUCAAGUUUCAAUAAAUACUCUUGACUUGUCAAAGAAUCACAUUGCAGGCUUGGUGCCCAGGUGGGUGUGGGGAAUUCACAAUCUGAACCUUUCUUCCAACCACUUGGUAGAGCUAGAACCACCUCUGGCGACGACACUCUCAAAUAAUUCAUUAUUUACCUACCUAGACCUCCAUUCAAACAAACUUCAAGGAACAUUUUCUAUUGCCUCACCUAAGCUAGAAUAUCUGGAUUGUUCCAACAAUAAUUUCACUUCCAUUUCUAAAACGCUAUGCAAUGCCACAAACCUACAUUUUAUGAACCUAGAGUACAAUCACUUGAGUUGGACAAUUCCCGAUUGCCUCUUUGCCAAGACUACACUCAGCGUACUCAAUUUGAGAGGAAACAAUUUAGGAGGUUCUGUCCCAGCUGAAUUUGGAAAAAACUGCACCCUACAAACUCUUAACUUGAAUGAGAAUCAUCUACAAGGAUCGAUUCCACGAUCACUUGGCUACUGCAAAGCAUUAAAGGUAUUAGAUCUUGGAAAUAAUCGAUUGAACGACACUUUUCCUUGUCACUUGAAAAGCUUGUCCAGCUUGCAAGUUCUUGUCCUUCGAUCCAACAAGCUUCAUGGAGCCAUUCUUCCAAUCACUUUAUUGGUGAUCUGA